UAUCCAUUCAAUUCACUUGUGCUCAUCAUCUUCUCCGAUCCCAAUUAAAGCUCAUCUUUCUUCUCAUCAACCUCAAGUUAGUUAUUUGGAGGAUGUCUUGCAGCUGUGGAUCAAGCUGCGGCUGCGGGUCAAACUGCAAGUGCGGGAAGAUGUACCCUGACCUGGACGAGCAGGCCAGCACUACCACCCGGGCCCAGGCCGUGGUCGUCGUCGGCGUGGCUCAUGAGAACAAGGCUGGGCAGUUUGAGAUGGCCUCCGGCGAGUCCAGUGAGGGCUGCAGCUGCGGCCCCAACUGCAAGUGCAACCCCUGCAACUGUUAAGUUGCACCUGUGGUUGUCUGAUGGUGUGAGAUUAUACGUGAAUAAUGAGCAUCCGAUCUGAUGGACUCGAGCAAGUGUGUGCGUGUGCGUGUGUGUUUUACUUGCUCGCUCUGCUAUGCUCUAGUCUUGGUGUCCUUGCUUGCUUGUGUGAUGUGUGUCUCUGUAAUUGCUUCAUCUAUGGAGUGAUGAAUUAAUAUAUAGUAAGAAAAACAGGUUUGGUUAAA